GUUCUUUUCCUUUUUUCAACAGUAUUUAUAUAAAAAAAACUCAUUUUCCUGGAAACUGCAUAUGGGAAAUAAACUAUUCAAGCUGCCAUCCGAAAUUGAUUUAAUCGUUGCCAGUCAAGCUGAAUAUGAUUUUCUUCGCUUCGUCGAUCAACAUCCGACAUUAUACAGCACGAGCGUUCUUCAAAACGCUUUGUAUCGGUACGAGAAAUAUUGGCUACCAUUAGCAGCUAACCACGAUGGCAAUGCUUUGCGAGCUCCGUUAGAUAUACAAUGGAUCUGGCAUUGCCAUAUCUUAACUCCUGACUACAGAAAAGAUUGUGAAAAAAUCGUCAACAAAAUUGUUGAUUAUUCUCCUAUGGUGUUUAUUGGAAAAGAUGAAGGUGAGAAUGAGUCGAGAAGUUUAUGGGAGCAAAAGUAUCCUCAAGUACCCUACGAUGCUGAUCUGGGUAGUAACAAUCCAGUUUUGUUGUGUGAGGAUGGGUAUGUUCGAAAAAGUACCUGUGAUCUUAUUAGUGUGGCAACACAUCAAAGGAUAUUUAAUUACAGCGUAUCAUUACCACAUUACAGGGAUAAACAGUUCUUAAAAAAUGCCAUGGCAAGAUAUAGUAUUAUGUUAAGUUUGAUGCUUGAACAUCCAGAAAAGACAAUAUUUCCUUGCUACGAUGUUGAUUUGGUUUGGCGUGCGCAUCGCCUUUUUGUUUUACAGUAUCACGAAGAUAUGCUAUCAGUUUUGGGCAACCUUCCAAAGCAAAACACCUUGAUAUAUGAUAGAACCCCAGGAUCGACUUUACAAGAGAAUAUUGCCACAACGAAGAAACUGUGGGAAGGUAAAGGAAAACCGUAUGCUGUUCCUGGUUGCAUGUUUCGGAAUGAACCAUCCCUACCUGAAAUGCAAAAUUACAGUGACGAUCUGUUAAAAAUUGUAAAUAAGACUUACGAAAUCAUAUUCAGAGACAUGAAGAUUUAUCAUUAUGCAGAACCCGACGAGAAUGGGGAUGUUGCAUAUUUUCAAAUACUGAAAGCUGUUGCUCCUGGUGGAAAUUUGAAAGGUGUGAAUUUGUUCGGUAAAGUACCACUGAAAUCGAGUGAAGAUAACGCAUUGUCGUACUCCUUUUCUGAAGACGCAUAUACCUUGGAUUCGUCACAACACAAUGGACUGAUAAUUUACUGCCAUCAAGGGACAAGUGAAAGCAGCGCUGUCCUUUCACUACCCCAACUUUUUCCCGAUACUCAUAAUAUCUGCUCUAUUAGCUUAAACUUCGAAAACGACAAAAACGAAAAUGUUGGACAUGGUAUUCUCCAAUUUGAAUACGCAGAAUUAUCUAUCGGCGACUAUGCAUUUUCUAUACACGAACUCACACGGACUGUGAGACAUGCCAAUCACAUGAAAACAGUUCUGGAUCGGGUUGAAGCUAUAUCGCAGAGUGUAUUGUUUUUAGUGAAAGCUCCAUGUGAGUAUAUCGACAAUUUAUUACAAACUAACAUUGGACAGUACGUUUUCACUUGGAGGACGGUGCACUGUCAAAAUCCAGCCCUGUCCGCAGUUGAAAUUUUAAAUCACAAUGGUAGCGUUGUUGCGACAGCUCACACAAUCGGCAGUUACCUUUUACCAAACAAAACACAAAUUUCCGAUCCAAGUAAAGCGUUUACGCAUAACCCUUCAAUAGAACGUGCGAUGCUUAUCCGUGGGAAAAAAGGAGAUUGGGGCAUUUUAAAAUCCAGCUGGUAUGGAUUUCGGUUACCAAGUAAAAAAUCAAAAGGACGAUUGGGUUAUUUAGAGGUUUCUUUGUUUUUAAUAAAUGGAAGUAACUCAGCCUGGCACUCUAUACAGACUUUAGACAUACAUAAAUACACACAAUUUGACUGGAAUAUUAACGGAGGCAAAGGGUUUUUGGAUAUUGAAAGUGGACUAAUCACUAUAGCUGGUUGCGUGCAAGAAGUUUCCGAAUAUAUCUGUAUGGCUUGUGCAAUUGCAGUAUCAUUUGUACUAUGUCAACCAAGACCACCUCCACCUGCUAAAAGCAAGCCUUAUCCGACUCUAGCUAAGAAAGACCGUCUUCUUCAUCACAAAUUGCAUGUAGACUCAAUGCCUUUCUUAGUUGCAGCUGGCUUGUAUGCAAACCUGCCGCGUUGGUAUCAUGCGAGCCACCGCGGAGAAUACAUAUAUCAAAUACCCCCGCAGUGUAUCCAACCAUGUCAAAAAGAAUUUUGGGGAGAUUUCGGCUACAUCUUUGAUUCAGAGGACAGAUACACGUCUGUAUUUUAUGAAAAUAAAGGUUUAUUUAGAAGAAAAUCGCAGUGGGAUGUCAAAGACAGUAAUCAAAAUUACAGUUCGCCUUUCAUAAAAAGCGACGAUAUUAGUUAUUAUAGGGGAAUUAUAAAUCCAGAUGAUGAUUCCCCAUCUGAGCAAAAGAAUAGCGGGAAGUGUGAUGAUAGGAACAACGCAAAUAACAAUACUGAUGAGGACUUUGUCAAUUCUUCUGGGAACACGCAAGAUACAAUGGGCAGUUAUAACAAAAUAUUCAAUACAGAUGACCAAAAACCAAUCGACGUAAAUCUUGGUGAGCAGGAAGAUUUCAAUGAUGUUGAUUCUGUUGGUGAAAAUGACGGAGUCAUUAAAAAAGAUGUUUUUGGAAAUGACGCUUCAGGGGAAGACAGAACCAAUCACAAGAAAGAUGUAGAAACAACGUUAACACAGAAAGGAAGUUAUGACGAAACCCAAUACGUCCCUGAGGCGUUCGCUGAAGGGAAUUCUAACAAGUUGCAAUAUUUAGACUGUCUGGAUCAUGUGGUCGGAAAUAGAGAUGAUCUAGAUAAUGACGACGGAACAGUGGUUGAAGAAGUGGAAGCAGUUAACAGGAUUGAUAAUGCUGAUUCAAACAUGACUUGUGAAAAUGAAGCACCAGUUAUUAGUGACGACGAUGCGAAUCAAGUUACUAACAGUAGCCCCGAUAGUAAGGGUGAAUUUAAAGUCGUGAAUGUAGACAAUGGUAGCUCGAUAUUUAAGGGAAACAUGAAUGAUACUGGUCAAAAAGUUGGGGGAAUGGAUAUAGUUGAAAAUAAUGUGGAAGAUUUUAGGAGUGUGCGUGAUGUUACUGAGGAUCCUGCUGCUGAGCCAAGUAUCGCUGAGAUAGAGAAAGCUAACUUUAUUAAUCAAAGGGCUGGCAAAGAAAGUGUUGAUGUUUUCCAAAGCGUUUCUGAUGUGGGCCAAGAUGAAAAGGAAACUAAUGUUGAAGUUGAAGAUGAAGAUGCAUAUGGGACGAGCUUAUUCGACGAGGAUACUACCUUAGGAACAAUGAGUGGUGAUGAUCAGGAUGAUAUUGUAAUCACGAAUAAUAUCUCUGAAGAGCAAAUUCAAGAUGUGAACAUGACAAAAACAGAAGCCGGCACCUUUGAUUCUGAUCAGGAAGUGGAAGAAAAGGAUUUAAUUGAAGAUAAUAGGGAAGACGAUGAGCAUAUGAUAGAUGUAACUGAAGAUUCUAAUGCUACCGAUGGAGAUACGAAACACUCGAUCGGCAUUGAAAAUAUACAUAAUGUUUGUGAUGCAAAAGAAAUUUCGCCGUUUCUUAAUGUGAAAGAUAGUGGCGAAUUUACGGUGGAGAGUACUUACAGAAAUUCAAAAUUAGGGGAAGACUUUGGGAAUGAAAUUCAAAAUCUGUCAUAUGAUAUCGAUGUCUUGAAUGAUAAAAGUCAGGAUAAGGAGAAUAAAAGUAAAAGUUGUGUUGCUAUGGAGUCUACGGGUGUGCUUGACGUUGUUCAAGUUGUCGAAGAAAAUGAGAAUGAACCUGUUGAAGAUGGAUAUGAACACAGCAGCAAAUAUGGUGCUACUGAUGAAGAUGACUCUAACACUCUACAUUCUGUUUCUAGUAUCAGUUUUUCCGAGAGAGGUGCUAAGUUAGGAACAUCGAUUGGUUCUGAUCAAGGUAAUAAUUUAAUCAAAGGUAAUGUCCCUAGAAAGCAUAUUGAGGAUGUAAACAUGACAGAAGCAGGCACUGGUUCCAUUGUUCAUGAAGAUGUCUCUACAAGAGAUUCUGCUUUGUUUACACAAACUGUUGACAUUCCCACUACCAUGGAAAAACCAAGUGACAGCAUGACUAAAGAAGAAAUUUUAAGGACUAAUCAAGAUGCUUUUACUCAUGGCGAUGAGGCCAUUAUUACCAGUGAGAAUGAUCAAACUGGGAAAAAAACAAGUACUGACGACGAAGAAAAUGAUCAGCAUGUCUUUUCUGAUGAAAAAGCAAUAGAAGACAAUAAUUAUAAGGCAGUUGAAUAUAUGGUUUCUGAUUUGGAAAAAAGUGAUAACAUUGUAGUUAUUGAUGAUGCUUUACAUGAACGUAAUAGAAAUAGGCAGAGUUUCUCUGUUUACGAUGAAAAUGAGAUUACAAACAUCGAAGUGAAUAGCAAACAAUGCAUUGUAGGUGAUAUAUUAGAAGCAAAGAACAUGACUACUCUGUGUCAAGAUAAUAGCAUUUCUGAUGGUGACAUUAAAAUUCUUACGGAGAACAAGAAAACAGAAACUGAAGCUUUGAGUAAAGAGUUUUCUUUGAAUGAAAAUGAUCACAAAAAUGAUGACAACAUUUUAAUGGCCGAUGAAAAAGUAAUGGAGGUCAAAUCAGAUGGUGGUACCUGCAAAAAUGAAAUUACUGACAAUGCACAUGAAGAGGCUACUAAAGAAAAAGUUGACAACAUAACCAGUAAUGACAAAGAAUAUGAUCGAAACAGCAAACAAGAAAAUCAUGGUGUUGACAAAGAAAGAAAAGAUUUAAUUCUUAAAGUUAAUUCUAUUGCCACCAAGAAAAUGGAACUGCCAAAGUCUGUUGCAAUUGAUCAGAUUAUUAGAAAGAAUGGAGAUGGUAAUGCAACUGAAGAUUUGAGUAAUAUCGACUCUUUGAAAGUUGAAGAGCUCACUCCAUUCAAUAUACAGUCGCGUACGUCAAACUCCUCUUCAGAUGCAAUGCACAAUAUUUUCACAAGGCCUGUUAAAGGUUACAUCGAUCUGGAUGAAAUAUACGAUGAACGAGAAACAAACGAUGUUAUUGUUGAAAAUGGCGUGACGAUGGACGAUUCUUGCGGUGACAAGGAAACAGUUAUUAUUAAAGAUGAGUAUAAUGAUACACUGGAUACUAAAAUCGAAGUAAACAAUAUUAAUGGCAUCGACAGACACGAAGACGGUUAUCCUCACGCAAAUUACGUCAGCAAAGUUACCGAGAAUGAAAUAAUAAAUAGUAUGCUUGAAGACCCUUGUAAUCACGAGAGCAGAAAUAACAACGUCGAUUUUGUCGAUCAUGAUGAAGCGUUUUAUAUGGAAAGUACCGACGUCGGUAAUAUAAAACAUCAAUGCGAUAAACAGACUUGUUUGAACGGUAAAUGCCCUGAUAAUAAUGACCACUCUCAUGAAAAUGGAAACGAAACAUUUUCCAACAAAAUGAUAAACAUUGACAACGAACAAUUGAAUAGUGGUAUGUUUUUUAUUUAACAUUAUUAAAUUAUCAGUAAAAGAAGCCGAAUAGAAAAGUCCACAAUAUUUUUAUUUUCUAGCACAAAAUUUUACAAUUUUUACCGAAUGUUACCUUACCAUGUUAGAAACACCAUUUUUUUAUAAGCACCAAGAGUUAGCUGAGGCAUUGAGAUAUAAAAAAUUGAUCGACAGUCGGACUGAAUUGACCAAUCACAAUUCGCGUUUAAAAAAUCAAACUAACUUCCCGCGGGCAAACUUAAAGUUGAAUUCUUUUCUUUGAAUGCGGCACCUGUUUUUGCAUCACGCAUGAUUUCAAUAGCUCUAAAAAAGAUGUAUCUCCUGUUCUUUUAUAUCUCCACGCCACAGUAUGUCUGUAUUUUACAUUCCACCCCCCCCCCCCCCCCCCUUUAUUCUGUAUUUUUGUCUAUCUAUCUACUAAAUUCACGUUUUGGUAUGCUUAGUUUAGCUGGUGCACCAUUGAAAAUCAAACUUCCUCUUCAGUUUUGUUUUCGUAUAAAGCUUUGAUGCCUCUUAGAACAAGAAGUCUCAAAUACUAUUGUGGUUGUUGUUGUUGUUGUUGUUGUUGUUGUUGUUGUUGUUGUUGUUGUUGUUGUGUAACUAUUGUUGUUUUGUGAUCCGUGUUUUUUUGUUUUCAUAUUUAUUCACUUCAGUUUGGAAGCUAACUUACAAGCUGCUUUGUUUUUUUUUAAAAAAAUUGGCCAUCUGUUGCUUUUAAGAUGUUGCUAUACAAAAGUAUAUUUUACACAAACUCUUUCAAAAAAGAUAUAUUAUUCGGUAUAAAGAUAUUCAUUGUCAGUAAUAGAAGAAUUGAGGCCAAUGGAAAAAAAAUGAGUUUUCUCAGUUGCAUUCCAGGCUUAGCGAACGUUUUUAGGUGUGUUGUUUGAAUUUCAAAUGUAAUUUAGGUACAUCUAAUAUUUUAUAUUUAAUAGGUUGUAAAAAUAAUAUUUUUUUAUGCAUUCAAUUUUUUAUAGUGUAUACACCAUUCCUAUUUAUAGUUCAAAACUGCACGAAAUUUAUAUAUGUUUAAAGACAAAAUAGAAUUGUAUUUUUUACGUUUUGAUAUAAGAGUUUUUGUUAUUUUAUUGUUAUUUUUUUACGCACAGAGCAACGAAAAUGAUACUACCGAAUUCACCGCAAUUUAUUUCACCUCACAAGGACCCUUCAAUUUGCUCUGAGCCUCAAAUUUCUUAUUUCUUAAACUCAAGGAAUCUUAAAACAGUUCUACUUUAUUUUAAAGCUAUGAAUAUUUUUAUUUUUGUUUAUUGUACUAAAAUAUAGUUGUUAUUUUUGCUUCGUAGAUCGAACCCUGUAUAUUUUUGUUACCAAUACAUUUGACAAUGUUAUUCCGUAUUUCUUUAUUAAAGCUAUGUGCUUUGCGUGGAGAAUUUCACGAAGUUGAUCCUGAAUCUUGAAAUAGCGUGAGUAUUAUUAUAAAGCUUUUUUCACCUUGGCUGCCUUGAAAUUUUACGUCAUUUUACAAAUUGUUAAAAGAAUCAUCAGAUUUAAUACUUAAAAACGCAAGUACAAGUAUUUUGCCGUCAAAUUUUAAAAACUUUAAACGUUUAAACUCCGAGAUGUUAUUUGUUGUAACCAAUCGGAAAAUAUAAAUACAAAAGAGUAUCAAGAAAUUUGCACAAUGGAAAAAUGAUGAGACGAUGCUGACAAAAAUAACUUGCGUGGACUUUGUUUCAAAUAAAGUUAGAUAUCAUAUCCCUUGUAGAGUCAAAUACCAAAAAGAAGCCGAAUGCAUUAAAAAGGUUGGUAAAAAGUGCAAAAGUGCACAGAGAACG